UAGCCGCAUUUCCUUGAGACAUGCCCACUUGUACUUGCCUUAGUAUUAUAUUUCAGAGUGAGUCACUUUUUGAGUUGGAAACCAGAUGAUAAGGAAGCUUGUAGAACUUGUUUAUGGAGGGGACCAGAUUCAGCCCUUAUUAUAUACUUCAUACCCAAGAGAUCUAAAUCCAUAGCCAUCAUUGCAACCUUGUUGAUCUUUUAGUCUCUUUGCUUCCCUCUUCUUUUCCAAACUUGAAACUUCAGCCUUUUCAAAUCUUCUUGUAUAUCUCAUCUCAGAAUAUAUGCAAAUGUCCAUUAAAAGUUCUGGAUAGAUUCGCGGUCCAUCCUCCAGUUUAAAGCUAACAGAGAAAGAAGGGUCUAGCUAUACAUGAUGCUGUUUAGAGAUUUUCCUUUUUGGGGUAAGUAGAAUAAAACGUGCUGUUUAGGGCUUUGAUUGUUCAUCAACUCAUUGCUCUCUGGAUGCUAGCAUAGCAUAAUCAUCAUUUUCAUGGAAGCAGUCCUUUCAUAUAUGUUUUGAGCUUUUACGGUUCUUUUUCCUCAUCUCUAUCUGAUUUACUUCGAGCUUGGAUCUAUUGCUUGAAGCAAUCAUGCUCCCCAUGUACAGAAUCAGUGACACGCACGAUCUGUACAGUACUGUCGAACUAGUAGGUAAGUUAAUCUUUAUAUUUUAGUGCCUCAUAGGCCCAAAGGACCCAAAAAACAUUUCACCUCGUAUCAGUCAGCCAUGGAAUCUCAAAUCCCAGAGAUUUCAAACUCCAAGAGAAUUCAGAAACUUCUACCUUCUACGCCUACAUGCACAGACUGUUCUUGUUUCUUCUGCACCAUGUCUGAAACAGACCCUUUGGUCAGAAGAGCUAAAAUUUCUCAUUGCCUCAAACAAAUGCCUCUUAGGGAUGACCAAGAACAUGUCUUGGCCUUGAGCAGCCUUUGGAAAAUCGCCAUGACUAAGCCAAACGACCCAGAAUUUCCAUGUUUGGGCAUAUUCAGAUGCAUGGCCAAACUCAUCCAUAAGGGCCUCAGAAACAAGGGCUGGCUUCUAAAUUCCCAGAACAUAUACAUCCCAUAUUAUGCAGCACAUAUCAUCGGCUCCUAUACCAUGAACAAAGCUAAGUUUGCUGAAAAAGCAGUUAAGUCCAACGUUGUCGGGCCAUUAAUAGAACUCCUACGAGGUAAGAUCAGUUGGGUUGAACAGAGAGUAUCACUUCGAGCAUUGGGUCACUUGGCGAGACAUGAAGCAACUUUUGAAGCCGUAGCAGAACAUGAGGAAGAAAUCAUAGAACUAGCCAUUCACAUAGCUUCCACGUGCCUGUACGAGGUACAUGAUAAAUUUGUCGGCUUAGAGGAAUCCCAGAGAUUGGAGUAUCAUAGGAAUUUGCUGACAAGAGGGCUUGGAGGGCUGGAAUUAGAGAACAGAAAGGCAGAGGAAUGGGCAAGUCAAGUUCAGUGUUGGUCCUUGUAUCUCCUAGACUGCUUUGCAUGCAAAGAAAGAUCUCUCAGAUUAAUCUGCAAGAAAAAAUUCUUGAAGGAUGUUUGCGCAAUGUGGGGUGGAUUGGCGAACCCAAAAUCUCCUUCUGGAAUAGGACUUGUUCGAACUCUGUGUCACACAAAAAUAGGAAGAGAAAGUAUAGCAGACGUCGAGGAAGUAGUAGAGAAUCUUUGUAUUGUCUCAAGAUCUUCUGAUGAUAGACAACACCUGGCUAUUGACAGUCUUCUACAACUUCUCAAAGACUCAAUCACAAGAUAUAAAGUAAUUGACACUGUAGCUGCAGUUCUUGCUGAUUUGGUUGAACACAAAGGAGUUCGCGGGAAAUUGAAAGUAGGAGAAUCAAUAGUGCGUACGUUGCUCCAAGAUUACCAUAAAAUCAAGUACUGUGAACUGAGAUUGAAGAGCGAGAAAGCAGAGAAAGCCUUGAGGGAAAUAUGGGACUUGAAAGUGGACAGAGUGAAGAGAGAGAGUCUAAUGAGAGAGCAAGAAAUCAGAGAGAAAGAGACACUGGCACGUGUUCUGAAACAAGAAGGGAAUAAGAGGUUUAGGUCAGGGAAGAUUGAAGAAGCUGCGAUGAAGUAUUCAGAAGCCAUUGAUGUGUGUCCAGUAAAAGCAAGGAAAGAGAGGAUAGUGCUUCACAGCAACAGAGCUCAGUGUUAUUUGGUUCUUAGAGAUGCAGAUGCAGCCAUUAGCGAUGCCACUCGAGCUCUGAGUCUGUCACACGGGUCAUGUCCUCAUGGUAAGAGCUUGUGGAGAAGAUCACAAGCUUUUGACAUGAAAGGCCACGCCAAGGAAAGCUUGAUGGAUUGUUUAGCAUUCAUCAGGAGUCGCUUCAGGUCUCAGAAGACGAAGAGGUUCAAGAUCCCAUACUACGCAGCACGAAUGCUUAACAAGCAGAUGAGCGCCACGUGGCUUUUUGCUUCUGCCAAGUCAAAGAGGAGUAUCAAACACGUAGAUGAACUUGACGAAGUCAAGGGCCACUAUCAGGUUGAUGUAAGAAACAUGAGGAAGGUGACGAGUAGAAAGAAGGUAGGCAGGAAAAGAAAGUCAGAUGGGACAAGAACAAAAGUCAAUCAACAGAGAUCAUGAAUGAAGAAAAAGAAAGUUGAUAUAUAUAUAUAUAUAUAUAGAUAUAGAUAUAGAUAUGGCAUCUCAACAAAUUUUGGGUGAAGGUAGGAUUUUGGAUUGUGAAUCUUUGUGAUGUCAAGUUGUUCUUUGGUAUAUUAAUUAUUUAUUUAGUCAGUUGAUGAGCCGGAAAUAUUAUAUUAGAUAUCUCCAUUAAUUUUCAGUGCCAUGCAUGCAAAUUGAAUUUUCUUUUCUAGCCAGUUAAAGAUAAGCAAGACUUAGCACUGCUGAUUCUGUUUAUCAAUCAAUAUCGGAUCUAGGAAUAUUUUUUGGGACCAAAAUUUCUUCUUCUACUUAUGGAGGGGAGCACUUAAGUGAACCUUCUUUUAAAAAAAAAUUAUUUGUAAAG